AAUUGAAGUCAAUAUGGUCGCCCAAUUGAUCGACGGAAAGGCAAUCGCUCUCCAGUUGCGUACUGGCAUCCACGAUGAAAUCGCCCAGAUCCAGCAGAAACACUCCGACUUCAAGCCCAACUUGACUAUUAUCCAGGUGGGUGACAGACAAGACUCCUCGACUUAUGUCAGAAUGAAGUUGAAGGCCGCUGAAGAGGCCAGCAUCGACUGCCAUAUCAUCAAGUUGGCAGCCGACAUCUCCGAGUUUGAGCUUCUCAACGAAAUCACCAGACUCAACAACAGUCUCGAUGUUGAUGGGAUCUUGGUCCAGUUACCCUUGCCAGCCCAUAUCGACGAAACAAAGGUCACCAACGCCGUUUUGGCCGACAAAGAUGUCGACGGCUUUGGUCCCUUCAAUGUAGGCGAAUUGUCCAAGAAGGGAGGUCAGCCAUUAUUCUUGCCAUGUACUCCCAAGGGUAUCAUGGAAUUGUUGGACGUCUCUGGUGUCACUGUAGAAGGAGCCAACGCUGUAGUCCUCGGCAGAUCCGAUAUCGUCGGCAAGCCUAUUGCCAGAUUGUUGACUAAGGCCAACGCUACCGUUACCACGUUGCACUCCAAGACUCCUCAAGCCCAGAUCGAGUUGUUCUUGUCGCAAGCCGAUAUCGUAAUCGCUGCCAUCGGCCAGCCCCAGUUCGUACAGGGCCUGUGGUUGAAGGAAGGUGCCGUUGUUAUUGACGUCGGCACUAACUUUAUUCCUGAUGCCACUAAAAAGUCUGGCUCCAGAAUGGUCGGUGACGUAGACUUCGAGUCCGCUUCCCAGAAAGCAUCCUUGAUCACUCCUGUUCCAGGCGGUGUUGGCCCAAUGACUGUUGCCACAUUGUUGGAAAACGUCAUUCUUGCUGCCAGACGUCACUAUGCCAAAAACAACGAAACUCCCAAGUUCACUGAACCUUUGACGUUGCACUUGCAAAAGCCAGUUCCUUCGGAUUUUGAGAUCUCCAGAGCUCAACAGCCCAAGAAGAUCACGCAGGUCGCUGACGAAGCCGGAAUCUUAGAAAGCGAAGUUGAACCAUUUGGUGCCUACAAAGCUAAGGUGUCUUUAGAUAUCUUGAAACGUUUGCACAACAAGGUCAACGGUAAAUAUGUCUUGGUCACUGGUAUCACUCCUACACCUUUGGGUGAAGGUAAGUCUACCACCACUGUAGGUUUGGCUCAAGCUUUAGGUGCACAUUUGAAGAAGAACGUCUUUGCUAACGUCAGACAGCCAUCUAUGGGACCUACUUUUGGUAUCAAGGGUGGAGCUGCUGGUGGAGGGUACUCCCAGGUGAUUCCUAUGGACGAAUUCAACAUGCACGUGACUGGAGAUAUUCAUGCUAUCACCAUGGCUAACAACUUGUUGGCAGCUGCUAUUGACACGAGAAUGUUCCAUGAAUCCACUCAGAAGGACGGACCCUUGUACAAGAGACUUGUUCCUGCUAAGAAGGGUGUGAGAAAGUUCACCAAUUCCAUGUUGAGAAGAUUGAACAAAUUGGGCAUCGACAAGACCGAUCCAGACUCGCUUACACCUGAAGAGGUUACCCGUUUCGCCAGAUUGGAUAUUGAUCCAGAAACUAUCACCUGGAGAAGAGUUGUGGACUGUAACGACAGAUUCUUAAGAGGAAUUACUAUUGGUCAGGCUCCUACAGAGAAAGGUUUCACUAGAGAAACUGGUUUCGACAUCACUGUUGCAUCUGAGUGUAUGGCUAUUUUGGCCUUGUCUAACUCCUUGGAAGACAUGCGUGAAAGAUUGGGGAAGAUGGUAAUUGCUUCCAACAGAGCUGGUGAGCCAGUUACAGCUGAAGAUAUUGGAUGUGCUGGUGCCCUUACUGCUUUGUUGAAGGAUGCUAUUAAGCCCAACAUCAUGCAAACCUUGGAAGGAACACCAGUGUUUGUUCAUGCUGGUCCUUUUGCCAACAUCUCCAUUGGUGCCUCUUCUAUUCUUGCUGACAAGAUGGCGCUCAAGUUGGCUGGAACGUCCCCUGAUUUGUCUGCUGAAGAAAGACAGCAGCAGGAAGGGUAUGUUGUAACAGAAGCUGGUUUUGACUUCACUAUGGGUGGAGAAAGAUUCAUCAACAUCAAGUGUCGUUCUUCCGGCUUGGUUCCUGACGUCAUCGUCAUUGUAGCCACUGUUCGUGCCUUGAAGGUUCACGGUGGUGGCCCAGAAGUCAAGGCUGGAGCACCUUUGGCUGCUGAGUACACCCAGGAAAACACUGAGUUGUUGAGAGCCGGUUGUUCCAAUUUAGGCAAGCACAUCAGCAACGCUCGUUCGUAUGGUCUUCCUGUCGUUGUAGCAAUUAACAAGAUGUCUUCAGACUCAGAAGCUGAACAUGCCAUCAUCAGAGAAGAAGCCCUCAAGGCAGGCGCUGUUGAUGCCAUUGUUUCUAACCACUGGGAAGAAGGUGGUCAGGGAGCUGUAGAUCUCGCCAACGGUGUUAUUUCUGCUGCCAACUUGCCUGAGAGAAACUUCAAGUUCCUCUACGACACCGAGCCUUCUGUGGAAGAAAAAAUCGCCACCAUUGCCAGGGAAAUGUACGGUGCUGGAGAAGUCGAGUUCCUGCCCGAAGCCCAAAAGAAGAUUGACUUAUACACCAAGCAGGGCUUCGGCAACUUACCAAUCUGUAUUGCCAAGACCCAGUACUCGUUAUCGCACGAUGCUGCACUCAAGGGUGUUCCUACUGGAUUCACGUUCCCUAUUCGUGACGUGAGAGCCUCUAUCGGUGCCGGCUACUUGUAUGCCUUGGCUGCUGAAAUCCAGACCAUUCCAGGUUUGCCAACCCACUGUGGGUUCAUGAAUGUGGAAGUCAACGAAGACGGCGAGAUUGACGGUUUGUUCUAAACAAACUAAACUAAAGUUCAACACUUACGACUCACGAUAAAAAUUCAUACACAAUAAUACAUUUAUUUCCCACUGCCCCAUGGGGUUGUUUGCCAUCAUCGAAUAGCUAGUGAUAGCGAUUAGUUGUCCUGGCUUGUUUAUACUAUAUUUUGUCUGUACAGUAAAUAAAGUUUCAACACGUUAGAAAUUGU